AUGAAACGAUUUGAAGAGGAGACAGUAGAGUUCAAAAGCAAACGACGAGGGAGGCCGGUUUGUUGGAUCAUUAUAUUGGCGGUUGCAACAUUCGUCUUCCUCGUGUUGUCUGUUGUGUUUAUCACGCUUUUCGCCUUGGAAAAAUCGAAAUCGACAGAAACUUCACCCAAGUCUCCCGUUUCCGGGCAAAAAUAUUGCGGAACAAAAGCGUGUUUGGAGACCUCGUUAGGUGAGUUGAUCAAGUUUAAUUUGAUAGUAUUAAAUCAGAGCACUCAGCGAAGCAGAGAAAUUCGUUUCAUAGUCGUAAAUCAUGCAUUACACACAACCGCUUUUCAAAAUACAGAAUCGCGCCGCUUUCGUGUUUAUUGAAGAUAGUAUAACUGCAGUACCAAUUUUCUAGAAGCGCAUGUUAUCCGUUUGUCGGCCAUGUUAUUUUGUUUCAUAAAAAGCAUUUUCGUGAAUGUUUUGGUCGAUGACAUGCAGAACUAUUUUACUAUCACCUGCUCAUCUUAGAAGGAAUUUACUGAAGUUGUCUGGUUUGUUUAUUUAAAGCUUACUGCUAAGAUACUCUGUAUUUUGCGGUAUUUUCCCUGGGCUAAAAGCAUAAUACCACACUUUUUUUUCGCGUACUACUUUCAUGAAUUGAUAUUAGGGUUUUUAGUGCCUCUCGAUCAUCCUGGUAAUAUUGAACCCAAGAAAGUCACGCGGUAAACAUGUUGUAUGAAGUUAAUAGCAAAAAAUAUGUUAAUUUACUUUUCGGAAGAAAUUAUUCUUCCUUGAGCAGGUCACUAUCCCAAAUUCAGACAAAAAAAAAAAAAACGCACUCAAAAAUUGCACGCGCAAGAUACAACCUCUAAAAUUAACAUUUUAUUACGACAACAGGCACAUUUCCGGUUUCCCAUCGCUACUUUUCUGCAGCUUGGCACGAAAGGAUAACAUCAUCAAGCACAGUGAAACACGAUUACUACUAUUACUGAUUUCUAUUCAAAUGUUCUCAAAACAUAGCCAAGAAAAGUCUUAAUGAUGCUGACAGUUUCGAUGACUGCCAGCCAUCUCUAUCAAAACUUGAAAAUCGUUAAAGCUUUUCUUGGCUAUGUUUUGAGAACAUUUAAAUACUAGCCUAAUUAAUUUCUUCAAGAAUUUACGAUUACUGAUUGGUUGAUAAUUAUAAAGUAAAUAUUGAUGAUCGGCGAAGCUGCAGCUCAUAAAGCGCUAUUAUUAUGCCUUUUGAAAGAAAGCACUUCUGCCCGGCCGGCUUUCUGGCAUGACUUUUAGCACUUCCUAAGGUCCUGUCCACACGUAACGUAUUUCCUCCAGGCCAUUAUUAUUCGGUCGAUGUUAUUUAAUGUCAACACACAACGAUAUCCUAUCUAACAUUGACCCAAACGCGAAAGCUAACCGGAACUCGGCGGGAUGCUGCUCCGGAAAAACCUAAAUAAAAUGAAUUAAAUCCCGCGAGAGUGCGAAUCCCAUCCCCGGGCGGUGGGGGGGGGGGGGAAUGCCAUAUAUGGGCUAUAUAGGUAUGUGCCGCUGUGACGGGUAUGGUUUUCAAGCAGUUUACUCUAGGAUAGGGUAUAUAAAUCAGAGCGUUUGGGUCUCGUAUAGGGUAUCAUUUUUCAGGAAACUGAUCAGUUUUUGAAGAUUUUAUCUAGACUAGGGAAACAGCUACUCUAGGAUAGGGGGAAUAUGGGGAGUUUACUCUAGUACAGGGUAGCAAAAUUCAGCUGAACUAGCUCUGGUAUAGGUUAAGGGUUCCAGGGUCCCAGCGGCACAUCCCCACCCAGAAAUUCCUACAGUACCUCCCCGGAUACCAUCCCAGUUUUAUUGCUGUCAUUAGAGUCUCAAACAGUUGUUUUCCAGCUUUUCGACUUUCCGAAGUUCAUAAUAGAAAAGUUCUACUUCCACAAUCACAUGCCAACAUUCAACCUGACAUUGGCUAGUGGUUGGAGAUUCAUCAAGAGGACAAUUGGGCAGGCACGGAUCCAAAUCGGCUUCAACCGUUUUACCGAAAUCGGUUGGAUUUUUCAUAAUAAAUAUAUUUUUAAUAAUAAAAAAGCUUUCCAAGUUGAAAUCUGGAAUGUUGGACUCGCCUUGCCUCAUAUCCACUACAUUAUGGAAACUGACCUUGAUGAAAUGAUCCGCCGAUUUGCAAGGCUUCAUGAGAGGGACUGGCCAAUAUCCAGAAACCCAGGAAAGGAGACUUUAGGGCGUCCGGGGUUAAAAUCCAUAAAAAUUCCCGGGGGAGCAAGAGUUUCCGCUGUAUUAUUUUCCCCGACAAUUUUAGAUGCAUUUUACAGCUUUUAUAAGAAGGUUUGGUUAUUUCGGGGGGGGGGUUACUUUAGGAAUUUCUGGGUGGGGCUGUGCCGCUGGGACCCUUGAACCCUUAACCAGAGCUAGUUCAGCUGAAUUUUGCUACCCUAUACUAGAGUAAACUCUCCAAAUCCCCCCUAUCCAAGAGUAGCUGUUUCCCUAGUCUAGAUAAAAUCUUCAACUAACUGAUCAGUUUCUUGAAAAAUGAUACCCUAUUCUAGACCCAAAUGCUCUGACGUAUAUACCCUAUCCUAGAGUAAACUGCUUGAAAACCAUACCCUUCAAAGCGGCUCAUACCUAUAUAGUCCAUAUAUGGCAGUAUCCCCCCCCGGGGGGGUUAUUUGAGACUCGGCCAUGUCGCUCGUCUGAAUUUUAAAACGUCUCGUCUAGGUGUUAUAAAUGCUUCACGUCGCUGUCCGAAAUUGAACGAAAAUACUUUGUCUUCGUCGGGAUUUUAGAAAAGAGGGAUAGCAAUGCGUUGUGUAGAAACCAUUACGGACAGUUCUGCAAUUUUUCAGUUACCAUUUCGCGUAUCGAACACCGAUACAUCGCCACUGACCUAACACCAGCCAAUAAUCCUCAAAUGUGAGGGGUAGGCUGUGCGCGGUAAAUAAAUGGUCUCCCAGGAGUUGUGGAGGCUCGCUUAUACCGCGACCCUCCGGCGCCAAGGAGGGUCCACUGAACCUCACUGACAAGAUGAAAUAAGAGACGUUCUCGGAAGCGCAAAAAAAAUUGACGAAAAAUUCUUCUUCUUGGCAUUCAGACUGUUGAUAAAUUAGCCAAACCACCGUUCUUUGUCGCUUAUUCUCGGCCGGGGGGGUACUCCUGGGAAUCCUUGGUGGGGGUGUGCCGCCCGGUUAUCCAAAUCCUGACCCGCUUUCAGACCAAAAAAUGUAAUUUUCCGCACUCGUUUUCAGACCAGACUUCUAAAAUUCAUACCCGUUUUCAGACCUGGCCUUUAGGCAGAAAUUAUGUUAUCAUUACUUAGAUUAGAUCGCAAACAAACUGUAAAUUCUUCAAUCCAUUUCGAAUUGGCAUAUUCUUCUUGCUUUCUUACUCAUCUUGAAUAGAAACGAUAAAGACGUUCAUACACUCCAGUAGUUCCCUCACAAACCAUACCCGAUUCCAGACCAAAAUGGGCAAAGUGUGUACCCGUUUUCAGACCCAAACGGCGCAAGAACUCUACCCGAUGGGGCGGCACAUACCUAUAUAGCUUAUAUAGGGGAGUAUCCCCCCGGGUGUUCACGGCUUUGCCAUCACUGUCGAAAUAUCCCAGGGAGGUUGUCUCUUGUCGCGAUUUCAUUUUACGCUUUGUCGCUACUUUUUGGGUCAUGUCGCUUGUCGGAAUUUACCCUGGCAGGGCCUCUUUUUUCAUUGCUGUCCCCCACACAGUUUCCAAUCACAAAAAUAUAGCUUAACUUAAAAAAAGUCAAAAAAAAAACUGCUAACGGUUCUACAAAUAAACAGGGUAUUAGUAGGAGGCAAAGAAAUAACAACUGGACAAAACCAGGAGCCAAUCCUCCUGACACGACAAAAAGAGCGAGUCUUUUGUUUUACAGUUAAGGAAAGUCAUUUCGUCAUUUAGCCAUUUCGCGCUUUUAAACACGCCCUAAUCAGAAAACUCUCUUACCUGAGUCAUGAAUUGUUCGAUCACUAGUCUGUAAGGUUCAUUAUUUUCAAGUUCUGUUCAAGAGAACAUGACUUCGUGUUCUUCAUGUUUUCUUGUUUCAUUUGAGUCUAUUAUCUUUCCCUUUUUUGGAGAAGAGGACAAGCCUAAUGCCGAAAUCGCGUUGUUCGAAGUCUGUUUGGGGCUGGGCAAGGUGAAUAAGCCGCGCGGCGCAAGAGAGCUUGGACGGCGGUCGUUCUCGGCCGCACAUUUGCCAACCCCAGGAGCUACCCUGGAGCUAUAGGGGCAUUGUCGCAGGUGAAAUUGACUAAUGCAUAAAUUUGUAACCCCUCUCUUCCCCCGCAACCCAAGAAAAAGUCUACGAAUCGAACAAAUUUCAAACGCCAAAACUUGUAAAGUUUUUCCCCAUUUUCUAGAUGACGCGAGUAUCAUUUGUUAGGGGGUAAAGAGCAUGCUUUCCCAGGGGGGAACCUCCUUUGUCCCUUCAUUUUUACUUCUGAAGCUAAGUGUGUGUAGCUUCCUUGGACCAUGAGCGAAUCAUGCACGCCAGCAGGAGCCGAUUAAUAAUCGGCUCCUGACACCACAGUCUGAGUAGCUUAUGCUCGCUUGCUGCAAUUCUUUUAUUUGUCUCUUCCUCCAGACACCCUAAAGCAGCUCAACCAGAGCGCUGACCCUUGCACUGAUUUUUACGAAUACGCAUGUGGUGGCUGGGAGGAUGAGAAUGCUUUGGAGCCUGGGGAGACCUCGGUCACUGGCUUUUCAAUCAUCAGAGAAAAGAGCUUCAAUGUAUUGAAGGAAGCGCUUGCCAACGCCGAGAAGAAUUAUUCAGAUGUGAGGAAUUUCUUGUCAUUUGUGCACUGUGAAAUUUCAUUUCUAUGCCUUGUAGGGGAGCGUUCUUUUUGGGAAAACCGCAUCUAGCAGGGGCGGCGCCAGGAAUUUUUUCCUUGUUGGGGCAUAACUGGCAGAUGGGAAUAUGUGUAAUAUUGGCGCGAUAGCGGAAAUGGCGAGUGCCGAAGGCACGAGAAACUAAGGGGGUACGGGGGCAUGUUCCCCCUGGAAAUUUUGAUGAUGAGUACUCUAGGAUGUAAUCUGGUGCAAUCUGAUUGCUAAAAUUUAGGAAAAACCAGGAUUUCAUUGUGGUCAACAAAGAAAGAAAAAUUUAAUGACCUUUUCAAGCUUAGCAAAAAAACUUAUCAAACUUGAAUACUUUCGUAGAAAAUUAACAAUUGUCAGUUUAUUUUAGCGUUCAACACAUGGUUUAGAGAGUUGUCACUUGAUGCUGAGCAGCCGCAGAACUAGCAUAAACUGAAUGCUGAUCGAUUUCCUAAACGGGCGCCCCCAAAAACAAGCUUCUUGGGGGGUCCGCCAAAAAUUAUUUUGAUUUCUUUUCCCAAACGGCUUUUGAGUCAUUCAGACAGGAUAUUUACUGUCUGCCAAAACUAUUUAACAGAUUUCAACUUGGAAAAGAUUUUUGUUCAAGUAAAAAUAUAUUUAUAAUGAAAAAUCUGACCGAUUUCUAUAAAACAGUGGAAAUCGGUGUGGAUCCGCGCCUGCUGAAACAAACUGAUUUUCAAUAUCUGCCAUGUUCAAUUUGCCAGUCAUUUUCUUGUAAACGUGGAGAAUCAUGCAGAGAUUCAAUCUUUCUUGCGACAUAGUUGUUCGAAGAUACGUCUUGAGCCUUCUAAGGGCAGAGGCCGAGCGCUCACUCACAGCAUUCGUGGCAGCUACAACAGGAAGAAAAACUUCUGAUAAAUAAUUAACAGCUGCACUGAGGAGGUUUCUGUCUCUGUGCCAAGCUGCGCUCUGAGCGUUUGUAGCUGUGGCAGCAGCGAAUACCACUCUAAGAUGUCAACGGACGGGAUCUUUCCGCAAUUUUGAAACACAGAAUUACGGGUAGAACCGCUCAGAUAAAUCUUAGAAAUAGUCUUACUUUGAUACUUUCUCUUCGUGGCUCUUGCUAAAGAAGCUGUCCAGUUUCUGCUGAAUUCUUCCCUUUUUCGCAGCCGCCAUCUUGUCUCAAAGUUGAAAGUUGGUGGGCAAAUGCCCCACCUGUAGCGCCGUCGGAGUCUAGCCUGAGUAUACAUUCGUCUUUCAUCGCUCUCCGUCUUUAACUCUUGGACGACUGUGUUAGUCGUUUUUUUUUCCAUAUGAAACCAUGCAUAUUUUCCUUCCUAGACCCAUUUAACUUUCAGUUUAGGUUAAUAAAUUGGUAAGCAACAACGUCAACAAAGACAUAUCUUUCCAGCGAUACCUCGUUUUAGAUAUUCUGGCCAAUCCUGACAGAGUUAGACUCACAGGUAACAUUUGAGGGAAAAAUCCACUGCCGAUUUCGCUCUUAACAUACUACUCUUUGAAAAUUAAAUUUGUCCCUUGCCUAAAAAGUUAGCCAGCCAGAAUUCCCUGCAAAAGAAAGACGAUAAAGUGGGCAACAAAACCGUUAAUAUAGAAGAAAGACAAAGGAAAAAAAAGUGAGCGAGAGAGAAAGAUCGAAAUAGAUUCGCAAAAAGGAAAUGGCUUUUGCGCACGCGUGAAAAACAAAAAUGCUGUUUAAUUGCGUCAGAUUGGUCGGAAAGUAUGCCUUUUUUCUUGCAAAACUCAUUUUAGCCAUUCUUAUGCUAAUUAGUCGAAAACUAGUCCAAAAAAGGCAGUUUUUUCGCUACUCGCCGGCCGUCACCAAUGGGUUAUAUGGGUGUAACGAUUCAUAUUCCUUGCGAUUCAAUUCGAUUUCGAUUAUUGUCUUUCGAUUUCGAUUAUUUCGAUUCGAUUAUGUAAAUGUUUCUUAAUUCUUAUAAAAUAACGUGUAAUGUUAAGAACAUGUAACCCUAAACCCUCAAUUUGAGAAUAGUAACAGGCCGACAGGAGGCUUAACAGUCGCUUGGUUCGUCGCCGUGUUUGAGAACCUGACAAGGAUGGUUUGCCUUAUAUGGAAAUUCUCAAGGGGUGGUUGAAGGGCAGCAUUUUUACCAGGCAACACAAAAUGGUGCACGAACUGCUAUCGUCUUUUAUCGUCAAUCAAAAACGCACAUAUUAAAGAGUUCUGGAUUCUGAUUUUACAAUAUAAUAACUCACUGAGGAAAGGUAUGCAAAAAUCGAAGCAAAAUCGAAAUGUGGAAGCAAAGAAUCGUGAAUCGAACCGAACGGUCAUAAUCGCGAUUAAUCGAGAAUUCGAUUAAUCAUACUCCACUAAUGGGUUAACCUGAAAAAUUACAUACUGCUGAUUUAAGUCUGUCUAGAUUCUGGUCAGGAGCUCUGAUUUGUUGAUGCAGUAGUUAUAGUGUUUCACCACUAUAUUGUUUGCGAAUGACAGACAAAAGACGAAAGGUCACAUAGAGAUCAAAUGUACAUGUACCAAGCACUGAGGAUUUAUGUCAUCAAUAUGGAUUGUUUUACAGUCCGGGAUGGCUAUCAAAUUUGAUAACCCGGACCAAAACCAAACAAUAACCAAUCUCUUCUCUAGAGAUCCAACGUUUACAACUAGCAGGAUCUUCGUCCACGGUUUUUGCAGUUAAUUUAAUCCUUUAUUACGUGACAUGUUGCUGUGGCAAAAGUUUUAAGUUCAACAUGGCGUCGGACGACCGAACCAGACUGAGUAUUUAUCGAAUAGAACUUGUGAUUGUCAGCAAUGAUUUUUGUUCUUAGCGUUUUGCUUUCUUGACAGAUAUCGCUGCUCCCAGGUUUUCAGGGGCACUUGUCACUGUUCCAACAAUCUGUGCAAAAGAAAUAUUGAUAGAGUUUUUUAAUUGUAAUCUGCUACUUCCACAGAAUCUACACUCUAGGUUGGCUAUUUUCCUCUUGUGUUCCUUAGCUUACAUCUAAAUAAAUCCCUUUAGCAAGCACAAAACCUUUAGGAGGACGACCAGCCGGUUAAUAAAAGACAGUUAUAAAAGAGAAGCAUUUUAAAACUGCCAAAUGGAAAAUGAUCGAUGCAGGGCAAGGAACAACAGAUUCGAGUAUAAUUAUGUCCUAGUCAAACCUAUACAUACAUACAUAUCCUUUAUUUAAACACGAUAUGGUUUAAAGCUCAAAGCUUGUGGGGUCGUGUCCUUGAACGGAGAAUGAGAGUCGAUGAUAGCGCACUCUCGUUUGACAAAGAACUAGUUCGGUUUUAUUAUAUUUGGAUCUCAUCAGGCAAUAAUUUACCACAGUGAAAUGAACUAUCAAUGUAAAAAAGGUUCCCUUACCGUAAAAUCAUGGACCAAACCACGCCGAAGAUAGUCCACGUAAGCUCAAGCAAACUAUUAGGUGCAUGUGUGGCCAUGGCGCGGUAUCAACAAGAAUUUUGCAGGAAAAUUAAUUUACUCCUAGCGGACAGAUAUACUAUUUUCUUCAAUGACAAACUUUAGAGAUAUUCAGAACAGCUGAAAAUAAAUAUAUGCGGCCAAUAAUUGUUUUUUCCUUUCCUGUGCUCAUGAUCGAAAUAAGGGAAAAUCUCAAAAAGUCAGCAAAGGACUAAGCGUGGACCAAAUCUUACCGACAAACAUGCACAUGGACAAUUCGCAAUUCUUCCAACCGAUGCUUUUAUAAACUCCAAAUUUCUGAACAAAACGACGCCUCUCCUUGUGCUAAUAAACAUUCCAGCACUAGCUCAGAGAAGAACGUUUUAAAAGCUUUUUUUGAUGUCACGUUCUAUUGUAAACAAGGCUGUAAAUAGUACAUCUCUCUGCUAGGAGUAAAUUAAUUUUCCUGCAAAAUUCUUGUUGAUACCGCGCCAUGGCCACACAUGCACCUAAUAGUUUGCUUGAGCUUACGUGGAUUAUCUUCGGCGUGGUUUGGUCCAUGAUUUCCAAGUUGAGCAACAUUAAAGUAGUCUCUGAAAGACUUUUUCGACAUUUACGGUGAAAAUAUAGUACAGCGAUAAGAUAUCGUGAAUACGACAACAAUGUUCGGAUAAUAAACAGAACGAUUGACAACAACUUUGAAAACACAAAAUGACGGUAAGCGACUUAACAAGACGUACACUAAGGCCACCCCAUGCACUUUUUUUCUGUAGUUUGCAUUAGGAUAAACAAUUAUUGCACAGAAAGGAAAGAGGCUAAAGAUCAGCUCUAUAGUUUUUUGGACUGUGGCAAAACUCAUUUACUAACCUAAACUUGAAGGGAAAGUUGAAAAACAUACCUCAUUCAAACGUGUGAAUUCAACCGCCCUGAAACUUCUCGGGCCAAAAUUUUACUUCCAUCACGGCUUGUUGUUCGCCAUCUUGGGCACACGUGAAGAGCAAUGUACAACAGAAUUAUAGGUACAUACGGCGUGUGAUGACGACGAAACGACGAAAAUGACGAACAUGGUACGGAAAUCUCAGAUUUCUGUUACGGCCGCCAGGUUGUGACGUAAGGUGGUUAUCAAAUUUGAUAACCAUCCCGAACUGUUUUAGCCAAAAGGCACACAUUUCUCAAGCGGAACGUCCCCGGCGACUGGGAGCGUUGGGAAAGGUUUUAUUCGUUAGCUAGUCCAAAUCUUAAUGGGCUGUGGAUCUGAAGAAUCCACACUCAAAUCCCUGAGAUUGAAUCUGAAUCCGGAUGCUUCAGGAUAUCCGCGAAUUUCUUUGGCUAAAUUGUCCACCUUGUCGACGCCAUCUUAUUCAAGUUUCACACAAAAUAAUACAAUUUUGAACUGUUCGAUUCUUCUUCGUAGCGAAUCCAGGUAAAUUAAGAUGAGAAAGCUAACCUUAGAUUCUUACAAGGAAUUGUGCUCUAAGAAAGGGGUGUUGGUAAAACACCGACUUGGGUUUGAGGUUGGGACAUAUUGUUCCCUCAAAACAAUUCAAAGAAUGUCCAUCCGUAAUAUUAAACUUCCUCUAAGAUUUAUUGGUGUCACUCCUCAAGUUAAAUUGUUUGAGUAUUCGUUAAACUAUUACGGGUUCAAAUGAUAAAAAUUUGGAAACUGUUCGCGCACUGGAAAUUUUGUUUUGUUUUUGAGUUAUAAAAACUGUUUCUGGUUCUUUUUCAAAAACACUUUAUUUUUGCAAAAAUUCAUUCCUUUCCUAUCAGAAUGAAGCCGUGAUGAAAACCGUGAAAUUUUACAAUGUUUGCUUGGACGAAGCUUCUGUCAACAGGCGAGGUGACGCUCCACUUAAAGAUUUGAUCGACAGAAUGGGAGGAUGGAACGUGACAGGUAACAUGACGUCUUUGUCGACAAUGAACAUCGCGCAGAGGAUUGGCAAAAUAACCAGUGAGCUGUUUAUCAAACCGUUCAUAGACGUCAAAGUUUUUUAUGAUCCUCAUGACUCCAGCAAACAUAUAAUACAGGUGAGAACUACCGUUGUCGGGUUACAGUUAGAUAGCCACCCAAAUAGCCCAGUUAGAAGUCGCGGUUUUUAAAGGGCCAUCACUUACAAGAAUACAUGUCACGUGUCUCCUCAGUAAUAGAUUACAGACGACGUUAAAUACUAUUGCAGGGUUCGUACAGAGUCUUCCAUUGUCAUGAAAAAACUUGGUUCCUGCGUUUUUCAAGGCCUCCAUUGGUCACCUUUUUGAUAACCUUGAGUCUGGAAAAAGAAAUUGUUUUGGAAAAUAAGUCUGGAAAAAGUGUUGAAUUUUGGACCCAAAAAAUCGGUACGAACUGGUUACUGCAAAUUGGUGGUGAGAUAUAAGCUACUUUAUGCUCUGAUGACUCCAUACAAAUCCUUCUAAAACUGACCUGGAUUGUGAAUCAAUCGAAUAUGUGUUAACUUCUCCCAUUUUUUAUUGAAGCUUGCUCCAGGACAACUGGGAAUGAAUAAGGCCUACUACACCAAGAAUUCAUCGGAUUAUUGGGCCGUAAGUACUACAAGAAACCUUACUAACAAUUUCCUUUGGAGUCGUGCAAAGGACAGAAAAGAAAAGGACAAAAAAAAGCUUGAUGAACAUGCAGAGUUGUUUUGCCAAAGCUUUUUGGACUUUCUUGUUGCUGUCGCCGUUGAAAAAAGCCAGAGUUGUUUCGCUAAAGCAUUUUUGACCUUCUCGUUGCUGUACAUCGGGAAUCCAAAGCUCCCUCGCUACCUUUAUUUCUAAAACUCGGAUGGCUCCCAAUUCGUGAUAGAAUUUUAUUUAUGCAUGCUACUAUUGUCUUCAAGGCUUUAAAUUGUCUCUCGCCAAGUUAUAUAACUGACUUGAUAUUACCUUUCAGUAAAGUAUACAACAUCGAUACGCACAGAGCUAGGAGGAAGUUGAAACUCCCGAAAGCCAACACUAACUCCGGCAAACGUACCUUUGCUUUCCUCGCUUCUAGUGAAUGGAACUUGCUACCGGAUUAUGUUACAACCUCAACAUCACUUUCCUCGUUCAAAAGAAACUAUUUGAUGGGGUGUCCUUCUUCCAUGUCAAAGAAGGCUGAUUCUUUUUAUACAAACUCGUACAUAAUGUCCAUAAUUAGUCAUUCUUAAGUAAAGGCGCGCCUGUCUUGUAUUCUAGUGAUUUCGUUAUUGAUCACAUUUUAUAAAAUUUAUAAUUAACAAUUAGUUCAUGCGUCAGCGUGCGUAUGUCGAGAUACUGAGCACGCGGGAAGUUUGGAGAGCACGAAAGAGGCUCUCCAAACUUCCCAAGUGCUCAAUAUCUCGACAUACGCACAGCUGCAGCAUGAACUAAUUGUUUUAUAACAUUAUCAAAGCGAUCAAUGCAGCAGUUAACUGAAAAUUUUAUUAUUGUAGGGCGCGCUCAAAGCAGUACGCGUCAAUGUUUACGUGAAUAAAUUUUUUUUCCUCACAGUUAAUCUUACGUUUUUAUCCUGAAACUGAGAGAAAGUGUACUCUAAAAUGAUUCUAAAAUCUAUAUUUAGGGGCCGGAAAACUGUUAAUUUACCGAAAAGUUGGUAUUGAGAGAAAAACAACUUCGCAAAGAAUGAUCUCACGCCAUAGCCCGCACAGCUCGCGGAGAUGACAACAACAACAACAACACUCACCUCUUUUCCUUACUAUCGGUUAACAAAUUCAAACGUUUCCUCUUAAAUUUCUUUAUAAAACACAUGGUAAACGCUUCAUUGUCUAUUGCUGAGUUAUGGAUACACUCGGGACACUCAGGAUUGCUAAAGCUCACAACAUCUCGAGGAAUUACGAAUAGUUUAUUGACGUCAUCAGCGUGCUCAAUAGGAAUAUGAAGCACGCUCGCGCUAUUGAAUUUGAUUAGGCGAAUUUUCUAGCUAUGUUAUAACAUUAUAUUAUUUUUAUAAAUACAUAGAUAUGACUUUUAUUUGCAUGCAUUUUUUAUCCUUUUUUAGUAUUAGAUUAUAAGUAUCAUUAUUGAAAAUAUUUCUUUUUUUUGUUUUUUGUUUUUUAAUUUAGCAGAGCUCGAAUGAAAAUUACUUUGCGUAAUUCUGGUUUUCAACCUGUCUUAAUAAAGUCUUGUUGUUGUCGCCGUUGUGUAGAUGUAAUGUUAUAUUUAUGUUGAUCGCGAACGCAGUUUCGAUUGUAUUUCAGUAUAUGUCUGGUUGCUAAGACAACCUCUUGGCUACCAAAAAACAACUGACAUUGUGUUUUUUUGUCAUUGAUUUAUUGAAGGUUCGUGAUGCCUACAAGACCUACAUGAAAAAAGUAGCUAAGCUUCUUGGGGGUGGUCCCGACUCUGAUGAACAGAUGAUGAAAGUCUUUGAA